ACAUGACGUGCAGCUGGGUGUGUUUUUCUUCGAUUGUGUCAUCUGAUCGCAUGGUAGGCAGUGAUUUUGGGUACCAGUUUCGUGCGUUCGGGCUGAUUCAAGCAUUCGAAGACCACGAUGUCUUCAGAAAAGUUCGAGGACCUCGAAGAGGACUUCGUUUCGCUUAUGGACGACAUACGACGCAAAUUGGAAAACGCCAAGGGACGGCAGUGGAUCGGCGAAAACAAGAAGUCUCUGCUUCGCGAAGUGCAGCGCAAAGUGGACCAAGCGAGCAGCGUAUUGCAAGAGCUAGAGCAGGAAGCCCGGGCAGCGCCAAACCCUUACCGCGUGCACAUGAAUUCCAAGACGAGAAAGUACCGCGCGGAAUUGGACGACGUGAACAAGACCGCUACAUCGCUGGCUGGCGGUGUCACGCACAUCACCAUUGCGAGACAGGACCUGUUGAGUCCGUCCAGUGUUCUCGGUGAUUUCGGUGCAGGUGAUCCUCAGAGGAGUAGACUCUUGCAGAUGAACGAAACGCUAGACAGAACGACGGACAGUCUUGCAAGAACAUUCCAAGUGGCUGCUGAAACCGACCAAAUCGGGACAGCCGUGGCGGAGGAACUUCGCACUCAGAGGGAGUCGUUAGUGCGCACGAAAGAGCGGCUAGAAGAGACCGAUCAAAACCUCACCACGGCCCGCAAAAUACUGCGCACCAUGUACAGGCGUGUCAUGACCAACAAAAUGAUCCUUAUUCUGAUUAUCGUUGUCGAAAUUUGUAUCCUGGGGGCACUGAUCUACUGGAAGUUUAUUAUGAAGUGAAGGUGUUCGCGUGAAUCCCCUCGUCGUGCCUGAUUGCUUUCUUCGUUGUACGAAUUGUAAACUUCAAAAAGCAAUCGUAUUUCUAUAAAUUGCGGUUGCUGUGAGAUUAGCAAUCACUUUUAGCAGGACUGAAGCACAUUUGUGUAAUCUUUCUCUCUUUUUUUUCUAGUUCCGAGCUAGUUUUCGUGCAUGCUUUAUUCUUUCACUAGCACAGGGAUCAAUUUAAUGUUAUUUGUGUGCCUUGAUCUCAGUUGUUCCGUGCUAUUCGGUGCGAGUUCACUGUUCCUACUUCUACAUCCACAUUGUUGUAUUCUAUGUUGUGGGUACUACAUUUAUUAAAAGUUAAGUCUAACCAAAGUUCAGUGUGCACAGUACUGUAACAGAUAAAACCAGCUAUCAAAUUGUGACGAAAACAUCAAAACCAUACUUACACAGUUCAUGCUUUGACAAACAUAGCAGACAAACAGUAUGUGGGUGUAAAGCAUUUAUAAAUUGCUAAUAAUUAACAGAUUCUUCAAGUGAAAAAAUUAAUGAAAUCUCCUUGUAGUGGCCCUAUUAACUUAUUCACUGGCACUUAAUCUCGCGGCUCUCAAUUUUUUAUGGAGGUCUGUGUCCUUAUAUUUAGGUGCACAUUAAAGAACUCUAGGUAGUUAAAUUUUUUUAUCCCCCCUCAAUCAGCAUGCCUUAUAAUCAUGUAAUAGCCUUGGCACGUCAAACUCCUGCAAUUAUUGUUAUUACUCAUGCUUUAUCUGUAGCACUGAUAGUGUCACCAGUGCAGAUACGAAAGUAAACAUGCCCGCACAGUUUCUCUUCCAAGUGGGUUCUACUCCCCUUUGUGCUCUGCAGCCUAGGUUUUUCACUGACGAAUGAAAAACGAAUAAACAUGUGUGGGCAAAGAAGGCCCCCAAGCUUC